AUGAUCCUAUCUUGGAUCUUGAAUUCCCUUGAUCAAGACAUAGCUGAUAAUGUCAUCUACUCAGACACUGCUCAUGAUAUCUGGGAAGAUUUGAAAGAGCGUUUCUCUCAAAGCAACGUUCCUCGAACUUUCCAGCUUAUUACACAAGACUUAAGGGACUAUGGGAUGAGUUGGUGUCAUACAGUGACGUGCCGACUUGUACCUGUGGUGCCAUGA